UGCUCAACUGAACGUUGUGCGCUGUAGUUUCGUCAAGGUACAACACUAUCCAUUAAAAUUCUAAAUACGUAAGCCGAAUAUAAUAAAACGACUGGAAAUACCCGGUUUACACUAAAAAUAAUACGCAACGGAACAAUUGCUUAUAAAAUGGGAGACGAACCUGUAAUGGCAACUAAUGAUGAUGCAAGCGAAUGUAAGAGAGGAGCUGUUCAUCUUGGCUACUGGAGCGAUGACUACAUUUCUUAUUUUGUCAAACAUGCUGAUCGCAGAGCGCCUGAGAUUAACAGGGGCUACUAUGCUAGAGUUAAAGGAAUCGAAAAUUUUAUUCAGAAAUUCAUAAAUAAAGCUGGCAGCUCAGCACAGAUUUUAAAUUUUGGAUCAGGCUUUGACACUUUGUAUUGGAAAUUGAAGGAUGAAGGAAUACAAAUUUCAAAUUAUGUGGAGAUAGAUUUUCCAUCGGUUACUGCAAGAAAGUGCUACAUGAUUAAACGCAACAAACAGUUGCUUGAGAGAAUACAUGACCAGGAUGGCGAGGUUAAGUUAAGUUCCACAGAUUUGCAUUCUGGUAAUUAUCACUGCAUAGGAGCAGACCUGAGGAAUAUUGCACAGUUAGAGGACAAGCUGCAUCAAGCUGAAGUCAAUUUUAAUCGACCCACUUUGUUUAUCGCAGAAUGUGUUUUAGUGUACAUCGAAAAUGAAUGUGUGAAUAAGUUAUUAUCGUGGAUUUCAUCAAAAUUCAAAUCAGGACUUUUCGUAAAUUAUGAGAUGUGCAACAUAAACGAUACAUUCGGCGAUGUUAUGUUAGGCAAUUUGAAAGCCAGGGGAUGCAAUUUGCCCGGCAUUGCAUAUUGCAAGAAUCUCGACACCCAAAAGUCAAGAUUCACAUCUAAUGGCUGGCUCGGUGCUUCCGGAUGGGAUAUGGUGCAGGUAUAUUAUGCUAUUUCUCCAUCCGAGAGGCACAGGAUCGAAAAGAUUGAAUUUCUAGAUGAGCAAGAGCUUCUCAUUCAGCUGUUUCAACACUACUGCAUAUGUAUAGGUUGGUUAAGUACCGAAUUUUCCGAGUUCUGUUGUACUGAUAUUUAAUUUUCAUUUGUUACUUCUAUUUAAUAAGAGCCUGUGAUAUUUUCUUGGAAAUAUAACUUAUUUUAAAAUAAAAAUGUAUGUUUGUAAAAGAUAAUUACAGACUAUGUGGAUUAUGUGUGACUUUUUGCUUUUAUGUAAUACAUUUUUGUA